AUGGAUCUGGAAGUGGUUGGCCGCCACGCUCUGCUUUUCGACGACGACACCAUGGCGUCUUUUGUCAACUCCACCGAUGCACUUGUCGAAUGGAACUCGAUAUCCAUCGAUCGUUACGACGUUCGCCACCUCCUUUCCUCUCCCCCGCCGCCUCGCUCUCGCCACCGCCACCAUCCCCGCGAUUCUCUCGAAUCCGAGCUCGAUCAGGAUCGCUUCCUCGAUUUAACUUCUCCCUCCUUUCUACAAGACUUAGAUACAGAGGCAGAUCAGGAGAUUGCUGGUGGGUAUCAAGCGGUUUCUUUUACAUAUCCAAACCAAUACACUGACCAAAAGAGUGCUGAUACGGAGUCUGUUUUUUGUCCAUCUUUUCCAGUGCCUGAACACUUGGUUCGAAACUUGCCUCCAACAGAGAAGCUGCAUCAGAUCAUUGAAAGAACUGCCAUGUUUGUAAGCAAAUAUGGUGGGCAAUCAGAAAUUGUUUUGAGGGUCAAACAGGGAGACAACCCAACUUUUGGGUUCUUGAUGCCUGAUCAUAAUCUUCAUCCGUACUUCAGGUUUCUUGUUGAUCAUGAAGAACUCCUGAAGUCUGAUAUUGAUAGCAAAUCUAUAGAAGAAGAAAACAUCGUGGAAAAUGUGCUUGAUCAAGCAGGUGGUCCAGCUGGAGCAUUGUCAUUGCUAGGCUCGGUUUAUGGGUCUGGAGAGGAUGAGACAGGCGCAACUACUGAUGCCCCAGCUGCUUUGAAAAAAGACUCCAAUGAAGCUGUUAAUGCUGAUAAUGUGAUCGUUUCUCCUGGAUCAGAAGAAGGUGGUUCCUUUCUAAAUUUUUCUGGUAAAGGCAAGGCAAGUUCCAAGCAUCCAGUUAUUCCUUCAAAAGAAAGAGCUCAUUUGGUCAGAAGAAAUCGUUCAAUCAAUGUAGUUAAGGCUGGAACCACAACUAGGGCUAGGAAAGAAGGUGAUUUCUUGGGCAUGGUUUCCUCUACUGUUGAUAAGCUGCAGACUUGUGAUUCAUCAAGCUGGUCCAAGGUUGAAACAGCUAUUGUGGAGCCUCCAUCUGAUUUGAAGAGGGUGGUUGAGAAGAUAGUUGAGUUCAUUUUGAGGAACGGGAAAGAAUUUGAGGCUGUUCUUGUACAGCAGGACACUAGGCAUGGGAGAUUCCCAUUCCUUCUGCCAUCUAACCAAUAUCAUCCCUUCUAUCUAAAUGCCCUUAAAAAUGCUCAGGAGGAUGCCUUGUUUAUAAGAGGGGUUAAUGGGUCUCACGAGUCAAGGUCAUUUGGCACAGGCUUCAUUUCUGAGAAGCAUGAUUCAUUGGUGCAUGGGAUGAACAUGAAAACUGCACCUGAAAAAAGCGAUACCCUCUCAUCAUCUGACAUACCUUACGAUUGUAAUAGGAAAGAGAAGUUUAAAAUGGUCAUUGGAAAGUCAAAGAAGGAUGGACAGGACCCGCCUUCAAAAGCCACCCUGCCUCAAGUAGGUGUCUCUGUGGAUGCAGCUGCAGCUGCUGCUAUUCUUCAGGCUGCCACUAAAGGUGUUAAGAAUCCCCAUUUAGAAAUACUAUCAAAGACAUCAAUAAAUGGCAUCAAUCAAGGCCCUAGCACUGAAAGUGGGAGGCCUAGUGGCUCUAGCACCUUGCUUUCCCAGUCUCAAAGUUCCAUAAAAAAACUUGAUCAUGGUGAACCUGGGGUUUCUAUUCCUGUGGCAAGUGCUAUUGCACAGACAGCGGCUAUUGUAGCAGCAAGUGAGGCUGAUUCUUCUGAAGCCAGCUUGACAAGAGAGCAGAAGUUGAAGGCGGAGAGACUGAAACGGGCAAAGAUGUUUGCAACUAUGAUUAAAAAUGGAGCUGCUCCAUUAAGAAGUGAAUCAUUGCGUGGAUUAUCUGCAGAACCACCUGAAUCUAGGCUCUCUACUUCAGGCACCCAAAUUGUAAACCUUGCAGACUUUGGAAAGGAAAGGGAAGGCAGCUUAUGUCAGUUAGAUGUUAAUAAUUUUAAUAAAGCUGAGAAGUCUGAGAAGAAAGAAUCAGCUGAUGGUUAUAAUGAGCAACGAUCAAAGAGAAGGUACCGCUCAAGAUCUAAAAGAGAAGGAGAAGAAGAGGAAGAAAUCCAGGAUCACAAACUCUCCAGGAAGAAGAAGCGAUCUCAUCAUUGUUCACAUCAUAGUGGUGAUAGACACAAACGCAAAAGAAAACAUGCUUUGUCCAAGGAUAAAGAUUAUCAGCAUAGGCAUAAGCACAAUAGUAUCUACGAUGAUGAGAAUGAGCAUGCUCAAGGUAGCUUUACUGACGGGGAGCAUAAACAGAAGCAUUAUAGUUCCUCUGAUUACGAGAGUAGUGGCCAUCAACAUGGGUGUAAGUGUAGUUCUUUUGACUCUCAUCUUAGGCACUCUCGACACAGGCAUAAGCAUGAUUGUUCUUCUUGGCACUGGCAUGAGCGUGAUAUUUCCUCUAAUGAUGGGCAUCGGCACUCUCGACACAAGCACAAGCACAAUAGUUCCUUGGAUGAUGAACAUAAGCACUCCCGACAUAGAAACAAGCAUGAUAACUCUUCUAAUGAACAUUUUCAACGGUCUGAACAUUACCAUGACCAUUGUAGCUCCUCAGAUGAUGAGAAUCAGCAUCAAAGCAAAUCUGUUAAGCUUGGGAAGAAAUCUCUCUGGGAAAGAGAAGCAGACUUGGAGGAAGGGGAGAUCCUUGCAAAAUCAGAUCAAUCAAAAGCAAGUGAGGGUAGAGAUGGUGCUAGUAGGGAAGCUUCUGUGGAUUUAUCAAACUCAUACAAUGAUGUAAGGUCGUCAUCUCGGCCUUCUGAAACUACUGAGGUUCCUGAUCAUCUUAGGGCCAAAAUACGGGCCAUGUUGAUGGCAACCUUGUAA